GUCUCUACAACUUUCACCGGUCUCAGCUCGACUUCCGGGAAGAGCUGCGCGCCUCCGUGCGGAGUCUUGCAGAGAGGUACGCUGAGGAAAUUUCGCGGCAAAUUCGGAUGUCGACCCGGUCUCUCGAAGCUUUGGAGGCUGCCAUAAAGAUUGAUGACGCGGGAAUGACUGACAAGCACUUCGACGAGCUCGCCCAAUCAUUGAUCGGAUCGAUUAUGGGCAUAUCUGCUUUGGGGCUUGCGCCUGGUGCACGCCUCACGAAAACAUACCCACCUGACAAGUUUGCUGCGGUGGAAGGGGGAGAUCUCCUCCUGCAUCCCCAAAGGGGGCCUCGUGCAGUUGAAUCCAUCCUUGCCAGGGCGACGUACAUCGACGAAGAUGUCGAUACCACUGGAAGUCCCGGGCCUGGGCCUCCUCCUGGCUCAAGACCGGCAGAAGGUCCCGACUUCUCCGAAGAUCGGCCGGAUUUCGUUGCGAGGAGGCCGAUCUUCACGUCCUAUGCUCCGGUGUAUAUGCCGGACAGCUGGAUUAUGAUGUUUGGCCAGAACUACUCCAGGCAGUGCUCUGGUGCAGAUUAUCCUGCCGAGGUUCCCAACUGCUAUUUUCCUGGUCCGCCGGACGUGCAUGGAAAAGCCACUCACUUUUGGGGCUUCGCCGUCAUGUCCGUGAGUUUCGAGGAUUUACUGAGGACUAUCGACCUUGAGUCUUUGGAGACGGGCCUGCAUCGGGUUGGAGGCUUCACGAAGUUCUCGUACCAACUGUCCAGCGCAACGAUGACCGUCGAGAGCGAGGCUUUGGAGCGAUGGCCGCACUCCAACAGCAGCCUGGAUUCGGAGCCGGAAUCCAGCUUCAUCGAAGUUCCGGAGCUCUCGCUCCACUGGAAGCUAUGUUUGGCUCCCGUGGAUGGCUGGGAGGUUGUCGAUCCUAAUAUCACGUACGUGCUGCUUUUGCUGCCGCUCUCUGCCCUGAUCGGCGUCUGCCUGGGCAUGGAU